AUGGAAUCAACCAAAGACCAUAAGCUGCCAGAUGGCACACUGCGCCCAACGCCAUCGGUCGGCACCGCCGAGAAGAACAUCAACGCAUCGGGCCACGAGCAGCAGCUCUCGCGCCGCUUCAAUCUACUCUCCGCCGCGGGCAUCGGGCUAGUUGUCGGCAACGUCUGGCCUGCCAUCGGCGGCUCGAUCCUCGUCGCCAUCUUCAACGGCGGUCCGCCGGGCGUGCUGUAUGAGUUCAUCGCCGUGUCCGUCUUCUACUGGGCGGUAGCAGCCAGCAUAGCCGAGCUAGCGAGCGCCAUCCCGUCCUCGGCGGGCGUCUAUCACUGGGCUUCUGUGACGCCUGGUCCCCGAUGGGGCCGCGUCGUUGGCUUCUUCGCUGGCUGGUGGAAUUAUCUUGCGUGGGUGCUCGGCGCGGCGAGCAUGGCGGCCAUUCUUGGGAACACGGUGGUCCAGAUGUACGCGGUCAACCAUGCUGGGUUUGAGGCGCGGCCGUGGCAUGUUUUCAUCGUCUACAUCAUCUCGACUUGGAUGGCCUGUGCUGCGGUGUGUCUGGCAAACGGCGCGAUGCCACUUCUAAACAAGAUCGGCGUGUUCGCAGUCCUCGGCGGCUUUCUCAUAACGGUCGUUGUGCUAGCUGCCAUGCCCGGCCGCGGCGGUCGUCCACCUCAUGCAAGCUCGUCAUUCGUGUGGAAGGAUUGGACGGCAGAUAUCGGGUACCCGAACGGGUUCGUCUUCGUGGCCGGCAUGCUGAACGGCGCGUUCGCGGUCGGGCCUGUUGACGCCACGACGCACCUCGCCGAGGAGGUCCCAUCCCCGCAACGGAAUAUUCCCAUCGCCAUUGCCAUGCAGGUCGUCGUCGGCUUUGUGACUGGGCUCUGCUAUCUGGUGGCGCUGAUGUACGCCAUCAACGACUACGAUGCCCUUUUCGACUCUCCUUAUCCCAUCGCCGAGAUCUAUCGGCAGGCCACGGGCUCCGCGGCCGGAGCGACAGGGUUGCUAGCCCUCGUCAUGAUCUGUAUCGGUCUGAACGUCAUCGGCUCCUAUAUCACCUGUGGCCGUACACUCUGGGCGCUGGCCCGCGAUGGCGCGACGCCUGCUCCCAAGAUUCUAGCCAGGAUCAGUCCCAGAUUCGACGUGCCGAUCUGGUCGACGAUUACAACGGCUGUACUCGUCACUCUCCUAGGCUGCAUCUACAUCGGAAGCACUACCGCCUUCAACGCGUUUGUUGGAAGCUUCAUCUUGCUUUCCAGCAGUUCUUUUCUCGCCGCGAUUCUGCCAAACCUCCUGACUGGCAGGAAGAAUAUCGUAUACGGCCCAUUCCGUCUCCGCGGCAGGAUCGGGUUUACCUUGAACAGCAUUUCAUGCGCAUAUAUGCUCGUCUGGUUUGUCAUCUACUGUUUCCCGUACAGCCUGCCGACGGAUGCCGGAAGCAUGAACUAUGCAUGCUUGAUCUGGGGAGGUCUGACCGCGUUUGUUGCGCUCUGGUGGUUUGGUUGGGCCAGAAAGGGGUACGAGGGACCAAGGACGAUUGGGGGUGUCACGUCCGAGGUGUAA